GUUCGUUUGCUUGCUGUGUCCGUAUUGCUGCUUCCGCUGUCCAGUCUCAACAGAGACACGUGUCAUCUGCUUACCCCAGGAUAUCUAAAAACGGCAGUAAGUCAAGUGGGGCAAAUCCCCCCCAACUUUUCCUUUUAAGAAAUACCCCCCCCCCAAUAUUGGCAACUGCCCCUUGACGUUUUUGCGACUCUAAAAAGGACAUCUGACACCCCGUCCUUCUCUGCUUGGAUUCACUUAAGGAACCCGGACACUUGUGGUUAUUUUGCUUUUUGCAAAAAAAGCAGCCGCCACCCCAUCUUGACGUUUUCUCGAGCCCAUUUGCUUCUGUCUCCCGUUUCCUUUGAUCCGGUGCAGCUUGCUCAGAUCGCCUCGCCCAGGUCUGCAUCCUCUCUCCAGGUCCGGUGGUGGCGGCGACGGCUCGUUCGGCGGAGCCUUCCCCCUGGGAUCCGGCCGGCCUUGCGGCGCUCCCAUGCUGCUGCUGCGGAAGCUGCCGGGCAUGCCGGGCUGGCCGCCGUCGGCGCUGGGUCUGCGGCUGCCGCACAAGUUCGUCGUCCUGCUCUUCCUCUCGGGCCUGCUCACGCUCUGCUUCGGGGCCCUCUUCCUCUUGCCGGACUCGUCCCGCUUCAGGCGCCUCUUCUUGCCCCGCCGCGGUGCAGACCCGGACCUGAGCCGCGGCUCUCCCCCCCCGCCGCCGCCGCCUCCGGGCUCCGACCCCGGCCAUCGCCGCCGCCAUGCAGCCCUCAGCCCGCCUCCGCAGCUCCACAGGGACCCCAAACUCCCGCCCGCCAUGGCAGCCGCCAACGCCGCCACUUCGUCUAAGCGAGAGCGCCACCAACGCCGCCCACAGGGGCCGCCCGGCGCGGGAACCGCCGCCGACCCUCCCCGGCAGCAGACCCGAGCCCCGUUCCGCUUUGACUACCAAGCUUUCCGGCAGAGGCUCCGCCACCCUGUGCUGGGCAGGAGGAGGGGCGGCACCGAGGACCCCGAGCUCCGCUCCCGGAGGCUGAAGAUCAAGGAGAUGAUGAAGUUUGCUUGGGAUAACUACAAACAAUAUGCCAUGGGGAAAAAUGAACUGCGGCCCCUCACUAAGAAUGGACACAUUGGUAACAUGUUUGGAGGUCUCCGGGGAGCCACAGUGGUGGAUGCUUUAGAUACUCUGUACAUGAUGGAGCUGCAAGAAGAAUUCCAAGAAGCCAAAAAUUGGGUGGAGCAGAGCUUUGAUUUGAAUGUGAAUGGUGAAGCUUCCUUGUUCGAAGUGAACAUCCGCUACAUUGGAGGGUUGCUAGCUGCAUUCUACUUAACUGGCGAAGAGGUCUUCAAGAAUAAAGCUCUAGAACUGGGAGAGAAGCUUUUGCCAGCUUUUAACACGCCGACGGGUAUCCCACGGGGAGUCAUAAAUCUGGGCAGUGGCAUGAGCUGGAGCUGGGGAUGGGCAUCUGCGGGCAGCAGCAUUUUGGCAGAAUUUGGCAGCCUGCACCUGGAAUUCCUGCACCUCUCAGAGUUAUCGGGGAAUGCGGUAUAUGCUGAAAAGGUGGCAAAUAUCCGCAAAGUCCUGAACAGAAUCGAGAAACCACAGGGACUCUAUCCCAACUUUCUCAGCCCAGUAACUGGGAACUGGGUGCAGCACCACGUUUCCAUUGGCGGUCUUGGAGACAGUUUUUAUGAAUACCUGAUCAAAUCAUGGCUGAUGUCAGACAAGCAGGACACUGAAGCGAAAAGCAUGUAUGACCAUGCGCUAGAGGCCAUAGAAAAAAAUCUGGUGAAGAAGUCUGCUGGUGGACUGACAUAUAUUGCUGAGUGGCGAGGAGGCAUCUUGGACCACAAGAUGGGCCAUUUGGCUUGCUUUUCGGGUGGCAUGAUUGCUCUUGGAGGGCAGCACACAGCAGAAGAGCAGAAGCAGCACUAUAUGGAUCUGGCUGCAGAAAUAACACAUACCUGUCAUGAGUCUUACGUGCGUUCAGAUUCCAAGCUGGGCCCAGAAGCAUUUCGCUUUGAUUCUGGCACGGAAGCAGUGGCCACCCGGCUCAGCGAUCGCUAUUACAUUCUGCGUCCCGAAGUUGUUGAAAGUUACCUGUACAUGUGGAGAUUGACACACGAUCCUAAGUACAGGCAGUGGGGAUGGGAAGUUGUCGAGGCGCUCGAGAAAUAUUGCCGUGUAGAAGCUGGUUUCUCUGGGAUCCGAGAUGUUUAUACCACCAACCCGAGUCACGACAACAUGCAACAGAGUUUUUUCCUCGCAGAGACAUUAAAGUAUCUGUAUCUUCUGUUCUGUGAAGAUGAUGUGCUGUCUCUCGAGGACUGGGUGUUCAACACUGAAGCCCACCCGCUGCCAGUGAACCACACAGACUUUGUCCUGAAGACGAGUGCGCAAUAGACGCAGCCAGCUUCCACAGUGGGGCUCAGCGGGUCCCUUCUCUCUCUCUCUCUCUCUCUCUCUCUCUCUCUCUCUCUCUCUCUCUUUUUCAGUUUGUUUUUCCUUUCCAAUAAAGGAAUGUGUGAUGUUCCCGGAAAGGUAUUUUGGGGGCAUUCGUCCAAUUCCGGACUGUAUUUUAUCGGGGAGUAUAAAAACUGUGAAACAAGCACCUUGGGGUUUUUUUUCCUCUGUGAGGAACCUUACUUAGCCUGGUAAUGAGACAUUUGUUAUGGGCCAUAAUAGAGAAUCAUGAACGUUGCUUUCUACAGAGAAUUUAUAUAGAGCUCACUGACUUUGUUUUCAUGUGGCCAAAGGAUCUGGAGUUUGCCAUAAAACAGACAUGUUGUUGUGUUUUUGUUUUGGGGUUGUUGUUUUUUUCCCCUUCAUUUUUUUCUCUCUCCUCCAUCUGCUUUUUUAAAAAUAUAACGUUGAUUUUUGUAAUCACUUGUAUCACUUAUAUAUUUUCAAAAUCACAUGCGUUCAAAAUGGACUCGGUGCCGUCACUGGAUCAAGAAGUGUCUGCUAAAUCCUGAAUCCCAAACAUAUUUUAUAUAACAUUCUUUCUUUUUUACCCCCUGUGCUCUUUAAAACAGAAAUGUUUACUGUCAGUUGCAUCAUGUGUGACUUUGCUUUCUAAUGUUGGAAGUUUUUUGGGGGUUGAGGGAACCAUUUGCUUUUUGUUUUUCUUUGGUUUUAAUUUUCAUUUGGAGCUUAAAUAUUACAAGGCACUUGUAAUGAUUUUAUUUCUGUAAUACUCAGAAGUGUGAAAUAGAAUAAAA